CUCCGACACACACAAAUUAGUGCAGGCCUGUCAUACACACAACACUCUCUCCUGGGAUAUGAACCCUCUCGCCCUCACCUGUCUCUUGUGCUUCGUCUGCAGUGCUCUGGGUGCUCAGGGGUCAGAGGCCACAUUCUCCAGUGAACUAGCUGGAGUAACAGGGGGUCCAGCCUCUGGGGAGGGGCUCCAGAGUUUGCAGAGCGACGAUGAAGAGCUGGAAAUAGACGAGGAACUUUCAGGAGGAGACAACGAAAAUGUCAGCCUCCAUGAGUUGCAUCCCAACAAAGAUGAGAAGAAGAAAAAGAAGGGCAAAGGCAAGAAGAGGAACAGGCAAAAGGCCAAGAGCACAACUCCUUUAAACCCCGAGCACACGUUCUUCACCAACGGAUACACGUCGACUUACAGCACCACAGAGGAUCCCUGCACCUCCACCCACCUGGGCUACUGCAUUCACGGUUACUGCAAGUACAUAGAGGGCCUGCAGGAGCCAGUGUGUAUAUGUAUGAAGGGUUACGACGGGGAGCGCUGUGGGAUCCAAACUCUGGAGACAAGUAAAACCCAGCCCGAUAAUAGCAACAUUUCGGAGUUGGUGCAAACGGUGUUAGUGAUCAUUGCUGUGGUCCUGUCAGUCAUCAGCUGCACCGCCAUCCUGCUCAUGACCUGUGCUCAUUAUAGGUCGCAUAAAAACUUCCUGGCGUCCUAUCUGGGAACUGGGACAGAGCUUGAGAAGCUACAGAAACCAAUUGGUGAUGUUGUAGUGUGA